CGUUUUUUGCUUCACACAAUGGCAAUGUCUUCCAGGCCGCUAGGCGGCGCUGUUUACAGCAUCAUUCUGCUACUCCAGUUCAUCAGUCUUGCAUCUGCCGUCAAGAUUGACUCGAAGAGUUGUGCUCCAUUCAAAGUCCAUUUGGAUGGUGCGUUGAAGGAGGCAGAUGCCAUGGUUACCUUUGCCGCAAAACGUGCGUCCGACAAGACGUACAAGAGGCAGGGAACUCUGCUCCAGGAUAUGCUCAAGGCCUCAAGUGAAGACGACGAGGCAGUCUUGGGCAAGGUUGCCGCUGGAUUCACCAAGGCUCAGCAGACUCUGCAGGGUAGCAACGUGGUCAUCCACUGUGAUGAUAAGCACCUCACCAAGGGCAACAGUACCAACCUGUUCAUUGACAGUAGCAACGGAAGGCAGGCACGCAUUCAAACACCCAGCAGCACCAAGUUCGAUGCGAAGCUCGGCGCUUGUGGUGGCGUCCAGAGAGCCUUUACCUACUCUUUCUCUGAUGCGAAGACCCAGCAGGCCGCUGGCGAGGUUAUCGUUCUCUGCUCUGAUUCAAAGGUCGGAGCUCUCAAGGCCGCUAACCCCGACAAGACACUGGGAGAUUUCAGGGCCAAUGACCUUAGCAAGAUCGAGCAGGGUCUCGACAUGGCUGGAAGCUUCUUGUCUUACAUGAUCGUGCAUGAGUUGAUGCAUGCUUCCGAUCCCAAAGCCUUCCCCGACGCAAAGGAACUAUACGGCUACCAGGAUAUCACUGGCAAGGCAGUCGGUGCCUCCGGAAACGGAGGACCCGACGCUGCCACUCGCACUGCCAACGCCGACUCGUGGGCUCUGCUUGCUGCUGGUAUGUUCAUGAACAAUCACAUGGUCGAGAACGGCGCCUGGAAAACUCUCCCCAAAGCCGACCGUGUUCCCGCCAUCAUGAAGCGCUCCCUCAACGACCGCAGCCCCAAGAAGGCCAAGACCACCAAAGCGAAAACCACAAAGACGAGCGCUCCCAAGACUACAACCAAAGCAGAUAUUACAACCAAGGCUGCCACUACAACCAAGGCACCUACUACAACCGCAAAGACUAGCUCCACUGCUAAAACUUCGUCAACUAAGAAGUCUUCGUCUUCCAGCUCCAAGGCAUCCUCGUCGAAGGCUUCUUCCUCGUCCUCUGUCAAGCCUAGCUCCACCGCAGUGGCCUCAUCGUCUUCUAUAAAGCCUAGCUCUACCGCAGUGGCCUCCUCUUCGUCAUCUGUCAAGCCCAGCUCCACUGCAGUUGCUUCAUCGUCAUCUUCUAUCAAGCCCAGCUCCUCAGUAGUCUCUUCCAGCGCAGACCCAAGUGCCAGCGGAGCCUCUUCCAGCGUCGUCUCCAAGUCCUCAACAGCCUUAUCAUCAGGCGUAACCUCCGCCAACCCAUCAUCAGCCACAUCCUCGGGCGUAUCCAAAUCCUCCCCCGCCACAGGCUCAUCCUCGGCCUCAGGAUCCGCCCAACCAUCCUCCUCCUCCUCCUCCUCCACCGGCCCAAUCUCCAGCUCAAAAAUCUCCUCCUCCAUCUCCGCCACAAGAACAUCCUCGGCCAUCCCCUCAUCCUCGACCUCAGCAGUCCCUUCGUCCACCGAAGGAGACAACCCCGUCCAGACCCCCGGCACCUCCUUUGUCGACAAAGUCGACUCCAUCACUGCUAAGAUCGAGGCCGUCAACAAUCUACUCGCGGCCACGCAGACAACGCUCGAUACGCUUGUGCCGUUGAUCCAGGAUCUCGAGGCGCUUACGCAGCCGCCUUCUCAGGAGAACAUGGAGAACCCCGGGACGUGGGAGGAGGAUUUGACGAUUGAGGGUGGGGAGACGCCUGUUGUUGAGGGCGAGGGGGAGACUCCCGUGGGCGAGGGCGAAGGCGAAGGCGAAGGCGAAGGCGAGGGAGAACAGAUUGAGGGUGAGGGAGAACAGAUUGAAGGUGAGGGAGAGCAGAAUGGUGGGGUUACUGCGAGGGCUGUGCCUACGGCUGUUGGAGCUGUGGAUAGCAGACCCACGGGGUUCAAGACUGUGGUUAAGCGCGCGUAUUAA